AUGACUGUCGUGGAUACCAAGCAGCAACAAGCCCGGAAACCAAACAUUGCGUUCAUCCACCCUGAUCUCGGCAUCGGGGGGGCCGAACGUUUGAUUGUCGACGCCGCAAUGGCCUUACAGUCGGUAGGCAACAGUGUAACAAUCUACACCUCCCAUUGUGAUAAGACCCACUGUUUUGAAGAGGUGAAAACUGGACUUUUAGAUGUACACGUUUACGGUGAUUUCUUGCCAACAAAUUUCAAAGGUAGAUUCAACAUCGUGUUUGCAUUCUUACGACAGCUGUACUUGAGUGUGCAGUUGAUUCUAUCUCUGAAAAUCUUCAAGUACGACGUCCUAAUUCUUGACCAGCUCUCUUACUGCAUCCCUUUGCUGCAUCUCUUUAGCUGGAACACACGCAUCUUGUUCUACUGCCACUUUCCGGAUAAACUAUUGGCCCCACACACCUCUGUGCUCCGUCAAGUAUACAGGUUUUUAUUUGAUGCUGUCGAAGAAAUAUCCACCUCAUAUGCCGACCAGAUUGUCGUCAACUCUGAAUUCACAAAAUCAGUUGUCCGCCAAACUUUUAAGUUACUAGCCGGCCAACCUUUGGAAGUGGUAUACCCUUGUGUUUCCACUGAUGAAACUACAUUUGCUCCUUCGUCGGAGUCAUUGGAAAUAGUAGAUAAACUACUGGGAAAUAACAAAUACUUUUUAUCUAUAAACAGAUUCGAAAAGAAAAAGAACAUUCAAUUGGCAAUUCAGUCCUUUGCCUCAUAUACGUCUGCCACCAAUGACAGCUUUCAAUCAGUGGUUAUUUCCGGGGGUUAUGAUCCUCGAGUAUCUGAAAACGUUGAAUACCUUAACGAACUAAAGAAAAUAUGUGACAAGCUCAGCCUCUCUUACAAAGUGUACAGUCCAAGUAGUGUGAAUUUCUCUGGCCAACUCAAUGAAAAUGAGGUUCCAAAUGUUAUUUUCUUAACUUCAAUUUCAACUGAUUUGAAAAAUGCCUUGAUUUCCAAGUGUGACAUUUUGCUAUAUACACCAACAAAUGAGCAUUUCGGAAUCGUCCCACUAGAAGCUAUGCGUAUGGGGAAGCCCGUUCUUGCAGAUAGAUCUGGUGGUCCUCUUGAAACCAUUGUUGAUUACUCAGACGAUAAAGUCAAUUAUACUGGAUAUACAAUCAGUUCGGAUGUGUCAGGAUGGACGAAAGCAUUAGAACAGGUUAAACGAUUACCGAAAGAAGAUUUGAAACAACUUUCUGCAAGAACCAAGAAGAGAGUGGAUGAAAAGUUUUCCUUGGUUGCCCUUAGAAAUAAGUUAGUCAAAGUUAUUCACCAAAUGAUGCUCAAAGACUCUCCUCAUUCAUGGGUUACCCAUGUUGUUUUCCCUAUUUUGUUUGUUGUGGGAGUCACCUUUUUAUAUCGCUCUUACUUUUGA